GAUUGUGCGAGAUAAACUCGAGAAAAUGGCCGUCCUACCACCAACUCUACCUUUUCCACAACAAAUGAAUGGCGACACGAUGCUGGAUAAUGGACCCAGUGAAAUAAAAAGAAUGAAAACAGAUGAAGAGCUUAUGUUAGGUAUGGUGGGCAGAGAUGGGUUCUUCAUAAAAGUGACAUUAAAAUAUGAUGAAUAUUUUCAUGUCACUUACAGAAGAACCAAAACUCAUUGUAUAUAAAAUGACUUAUCUAUCAGUGGAGUUAAAAAAUUUCCAUGCGUUUUAUACUACCUAGAGGUUUUGGAGGUAGUGACUGCAGCAUAUUUGGCAGUCUUUUUGUGAUUCUAUUGUUUAUUGCGUUAAUAUAUUAAAAAACUGUACAAUGCACAAGGGAAAUGGUUCAAGAGUGUGGGACAUUUCAUGUAUAAAGAAUGAAAGUGGUUAUUUUAUAGAUUGAAAGGCAUCAUUUUUUGUACAGCAAAUACACUUUUUUCCUCACCCAAGAAAUUUUGAAUUUGAAAAAUAAUUUCAACGUGAAAUUUUUCUAAAGAAUGUCAAAAAGCAAUUGAUGGUAUCAGUAAUAUGAAUGUAUUUGCUUAAUGUGAGAGAAAAAAGGGAAUGCAAGAGAGAUAUCACCUUGUUAGCUCUGCAGUACAACCAUGAAUUGAAGGACACUCUCUUUUUUGUAUUUUAUGAGUAAUAUAGGCUGAGCAUUUGGAAAAGGAAAGCUGGAAAUCGGUUGAAGACUAAUGAAAACCGGCUACAACGGAAACCCUCACUGUCCAGAUCUGUUGCAAUAACAGCCGAGCAAUGAGUCUUUCGCCAACAUCGGGAUAUUGUUUUUUUAUUUCCAAACAAAAAAAACUUUUUGCCCCCGAAUAUUCAAAAAGUAUUUUUGCUUUUAUAAAGACCAGGAUGAUGAAUAUUAUCAAAUCAACAAAAAUAAAACAAGGCUUUUUUUCAUUCGUAAUUUUUUUUUUUGGUUGAGAUACUCAUUAAAACUGAGUAGCUGGUUUCAGGAAGAAUGUUUAUUGUCCAGCUGAAAAAAAAAAAUUGUUGACUGAAAAAUGUAACGAUUCUUGGAACAGUUUCUGUACAAUUUAGAAAUGAGUGUCAUGGACAGAGAUUUAUUCUUUUUCCCUCUUCUCUCUGUACUUUCAGCCAUCGGCUAACAAACAAGUUUCACAAGGAGGGAAGCAAACACUUUGCAGAAAUGCCGACAUGGAUAUCCGGCCACACUGUCUUCACAAUAUCUUGUAGAGAUAUUUCGCGCAGUUUCAGUGUCAUGAUCAGUACUAAAACUACAUGUAUAUGACUGUUAAACCCAUUGAGGUUUAUUUUUUUUUCGUACAUGGAUUUCAAAUUUUUUUUUAUGAUAGAUUCUUUAAAUGAAGCAUGCAGAGAAUAUAGCUAGGAAAAAUAUUCUAUAUUUUCACAUUAAAUAGACGUUUGUGGAAAUGCUGUAUAUUUUUUGACUGUAGUAUCUAGGGUAUUGAAUGAAGGCGUGAGUGAGUGUGUGCAUGUAACCUCUCUUGUUUGUAUUUGCAGAACUGAUCCAGACAAGAAAGAAAAACAAGAGUUCUUAUUUAUUUAUAUCUACUAAUAUGGAAGUAGCUUGAAAAUUAUGUUUAAAAAACUCUCAUUUUAUACAUAACCAGUGUAUGGCAAUUUACAUUUCAGAAAUCUCUGUAUUUUUUAAGCAUUUCAGAUCAGAACAGGCGAUCUCUGCGAGAUUAAAAGCACAAAGAAAAUAUGCUCAAGUUCUCUAACGCAGACCAUCCAUGAGAAAGUCACACCAAAGCUUAGGACUGAUUGAUUUGCAAACUUUCAUAAUUUGUUUUGUGUCUAUUAAGUGAAAUUAAAUUACAUACAAAAUUUUUCAUGCCUUCAAUUGCACAUUUUUUGACGGUUAAUCUUUUUUAAAUUAAUAAUCUAUUGCCAACCAUUUUGCUUUUAUUGAGCACAUUAUCAUAAUCUAUUCAGAUUAUACUUAUUUUAGAGGUGAGUAUUAAUUAAUAAAAAAGAAUUAAAUGACACAAAACAAAUUAAUAAGAGGAAAACAUUUUAUUGUAUAUCUUUUGGGACUGCUUUUGUUUUAUUAGCAAACAUUUCCUCUUUUAUGCAAAGUUUGCAAUAGUAUUUUUUUUUUCAAAUUAACUUUUAGGACAGAUAGGGAUGCUAUUUUGAAAAAAAGAAUAAUCACAUUUUGUUAUGAGAAAUUGAAAUUGUUGCCUGAUGAACACUCACACAUGGAUGUUUUCUUUCCUUCUGUGUUUUUCAUGUAAAAAGGAAAAUAUGAGGUUGACCCCCUUUUCAUGUGGCGACCAAAAUAUCAUGAUGCUGUGUUGCCAUGACAACAUGAAUCAGACAUCCACUGGAGCGUAGCGAAAAUGGAGUGUAUAUCCCUCAAGCGGAUCAGGUUGGAUCCCUUCUGGAAGGGCCAGGGGCAAAGAGAGACCAGAAACCAUUUACUCUCCCAAAGCUGUCGUCCACUCAGCACGAGCUUGUACAGAAGGCAAAGAAAUACGCCUUUGAGCAGAGCAUCAAAAGUGUUCUUGUUAAACAGACUAUAGCCCAUCAGCAACAGCAAAUGCAGAAUUUCCAGACAACGGUACAAAGACAACAGGCUCUAGCCUUGAUGUGCAGGAUAUACGUUGGAAGUAUAAACUUUGAGAUUAAGGAGGACACAAUAAAGCAGGCCUUUAUUCCCUUCGGUCCAAUUAAGAGUGUCAACCUUUCAUGGGACCCGGUCACCAAUAAACACAAGGGCUUUGCCUUCAUUGAGUACGAGAUCCCCGAGGCCGCACAGCUCGCUCUGGAGCAGAUGAACAGUGUCAUGAUUGGUGGCAGAAACAUCAAGGUUGGGCGACCCAGUAACAUGCCUCAAGCUCAGCCAAUCAUUGAACAGUUGGCGACGGAAGCCAAGAACCACAACAGAAUCUACAUAGCCUCGAUACAUCACGAUCUUACAGAGAACGAUAUUCAGAGUGUAUUUGAAGCAUUUGGAAAAAUUGUCAACUGUAAACUGGCCACAGAAACUGGUAAACCUGGAAAACACAAGGGAUAUGGUUUCAUUGAGUUUGAUUCCCAGCAAGCGGCCCAGGAUGCUGUGACAUCCAUGAAUUUAUUUGAUCUUGGAGGCCAGUACCUAAGAGUCGGAAGGGCCAUCACCCCUCCCGAUGCCCUGCAACCGAUGGCUGGGCCCGGCACAUUACCAACCGCAGCAGCUGUAGCGGCAGCAGCAGUCACCGCAAAAAUCACCGCAAUGGACGCCCAGGAACAAAUCAAGAGCCUGGCUCCCCCAGGAGUUGCUAAGCCCAUGAGUCUUGGGAACAGUCCGUCCCUGUCCAGCUCACCUGUCCCCCCACCAGGUGUGGUGGCCCCUGUACCUGUCCCACCUGUGUCUGUGGUGGUGCCACAGCUUGGUUCAGCAGGCAUUGUAACCACCACUGCACUGGGGAUGGUGAUGCCACCCGCGGUGGAAGGAGUCCCUGGAAUCGUCCCCACAGCUGUCGUGGCCCCUACAGGGCUGGGUGUUGUUGCUCCUGUACCUGUCCCAACUUCUAUACCAGUUGCCAUGCCGGCUAUGAUUCCCCUACCUCCUCAGGACAAGGAGAAGGAGCUGAAGAAGGAAGAGGAAGAUAAGAAGAAGAAGGCGGAUGAAGACUCCACGCAGACACUGGACCAACAGGAGAACAUGAAGAUCAGCGGCACCAACGCGCGCCACAUGGUGAUGCAGAAACUCAUGAGGAAAACGGAGUGUAAAGUGAUGGUUCUGAGAAACAUGGUGGGACCAGAGGACUUGGACAGUGAACUUGAGAAUGAGGUCACGGACGAAUGUGGAAAAUACGGAAAUGUUAAUCGUGUCAUCAUAUAUCAGGAGAAACAGAGCGAGGAGGAAGACGCAGAGAUUAUUGUCAAAAUAUUCGUAGAGUUCACUGCUCAAUCAGAGGUGGAAAAGGCUUGUGCUGCCCUCAAUGGAAGAUACUUUGCUGGUCGAAUUGUCACUGCAGAAAAGUACGACGAGGACAUGUUCAAUGCGAACGAUUUAUCAGGAUGAAAAAAACGUGUUGCGGUUGUCUGAAUUGACAAGACUAAUGAGAACUUAUACACAAGACUAGUGAGAUCUUAUACAAACAUUUGUUACCAUGAGAAGGUUAAACUGGAGGUGUGCAUCUAAUGACGAAUCCUUGACUAUUGUUGUUGAUUGAAGGGUUUUUUUUCAGCCGAAUUUGUACAAAAUAAUCUUUUGUAUCAACACAACCAUGUUUUUUCAUUUAUUAUUGUACAUCACUUCGCUAUGUUGACAUGAUUGUUAGAGAUUGUUACAUCCAGAUGUAUGGCAGCUUGUGCUGGCCCUAUGUACAGCGGAACUAAAGAAAUUGUUCUGUAUCUAAUAAAGAUGUAAAAAACUAUUGUCUUAU